AUGGAAAACGAGACAGUAAGUGAACUGAACCAAACACAGCUUCAGCCGCGAGCAGUGGUGGCCCUAGAAUACCAAGUGGUCACCAUCUUACUGGUGCUCAUUAUUUGUGGUCUGGGCAUCGUGGGCAACAUCAUGGUAGUCCUGGUGGUCAUGAGAACCAAGCACAUGAGGACACCCACAAACUGCUACCUGGUGAGUCUAGCAGUAGCUGAUCUCAUGGUCCUGGUGGCCGCAGGCCUCCCCAACAUAACGGAGAGUAUCUACGGUUCCUGGGUCUAUGGCUAUGUCGGAUGCCUCUGCAUUACUUACCUCCAGUACUUGGGCAUUAAUGCUUCCUCUUGUUCAAUCACAGCCUUUACCGUUGAGAGGUACAUAGCAAUCUGUCACCCCAUCAAAGCCCAGUUUCUCUGCACAUUUUCCAGAGCCAAAAAGAUCAUCAUCUUUGUCUGGGCUUUCACAUCCAUUUACUGUAUGCUCUGGUUCUUCUUGCUGGAUCUCAAUAUUAGCACCUAUAAAGAUGCUAUUGUGGUGUCCUGUGGCUACAAGAUCUCCAGGAAUUACUACUCACCUAUUUACCUAAUGGACUUCGGUGUCUUCUAUGUUGUGCCAAUGAUCCUGGCCACUGUCCUCUAUGGAUUCAUAGCUAGGAUCCUCUUCUUAAAUCCCAUUCCUUCAGAUCCUAAAGAAAACUCUAAGACAUGGAAAAGUGACUCUACCCAUCAGAACAAGAAUUUGAAUUCAAAGUCCUCUAAUAGAUAUUUCAACAGCACAGUAUCUUCAAGGAAGCAGGUCACCAAGAUGCUGGCAGUGGUUGUCAUUCUGUUUGCCCUUUUAUGGAUGCCCUACAGAACUCUUGUGGUUGUCAACUCAUUUCUCUCCAGCCCUUUCCAAGAAAAUUGGUUCCUGCUCUUUUGCAGAAUUUGCAUUUAUCUCAACAGCGCCAUCAACCCAGUGAUUUACAAUCUCAUGUCCCAGAAAUUCCGUGCAGCCUUCAGAAAGCUCUGUAACUGUAAGCAGAAGCCAGCGGAGAAACCAGCUAACUACAGCGUGGCCCUAAAUUACAGCGUUAUCAAGGAGUCAGAUCAUUUCAGCACAGAGCUUGAUGAUAUCACUGUCACUGACACUUACUUGUCCGCCACGAAAGUGUCUUUUGAUGACACCUGCUUGGCUUCUGAAAUAACCAUUAGCCAAAGUUGAUUCAUGGAGUAGAAGAAAAUGGAUGAUAAAGAAAAUGAGAAUCUGUGCAGUUAUCAAUCCAAGAGAGGA